AUGAUCAAAUGUUUAAUGCUCUUUUGUCUUUCAAAUAUUCUAGGUGAACAUGCGCGUCAGGAUUCCAUGGAACCGUGGGAAGAUGCUGGCGAAGGCAGUUGUAAACCAACCGUAUUGGAGCGACGGCGUCAACGCGAUCAUCAAAGGUGUUUGGCCCAUUCUCUGGUCGGAACUCCAAACUAUAUUGCACCAGAAGUGUUGGAGCGUAGCGGUUACACUCAACUAUGUGAUUGGUGGAGUGUCGGUGUCAUUUUAUAUGAAAUGCUUGUGGGUCAACCGCCAUUUUUAGCAAAUACUGCCGUUGAGACACAGCAAAAGGUAAUCAAUUACCGGAAAACGUUACACAUCCCACCACAGGCCAAUCUGACGCACGAUGCAUCUGACCUGAUUCUGCGAUUAUGUGCAUCGGCGGACCGUCGACUCGGCAAAAAUGGUUCGAACGAAGUCAAAGCUCAUCCAUUUUUCAAAGGUGUCGAUUUUUCGUUGGAUCUACGACAGCAAAAAGCUCCGUACAUUCCGAAAAUCGAUCAUCCGACCGACACAUCGAAUUUCGAUCCAAUCGAUCCGGACAAAUUGCGUAAUUCGUCAUCCGAUUCAUUCGAUUUUAAAAGUGAUACGGGUAAGUCGUUUCAUGGAUUUUACGAAUUUACGUUCCGGCGAUUUUUCACCGAUGAUAAAUCGAUCAUGGACAGCAGUGAAGAUCAGAGUCCCGUUUCUGUGUAGGGAAAACAAAACAAAACAAAAAACUAUUUUGAUUUUUGCAUUAAGUUACGUGUUAAGUAUUGAUUAGUUUUAACAACACGAAGGAAACAAAUUUGAUCUGCCAUAAAUUGUUACUCAAUUUC